AUGUCAAUAAGAGGCUUGGAUGAUCUGAAGACGUACCCGAAGCAGAAUUUUCUCCUGAAGAUUCCACAGAAGGCAUUUAAGAAAAUGAGGAUAUGCAUUGAUGGGAACUGGUUUCUUCGCAAAUACACAGAUGCAUCAAGAAUCUAUGAAGGCUUUGUGAUGGGGAUGGAUGAAAUUGUCCUUGAGUGCCUGGCACCGCUUUUUGAGUUCAAGAGGGAGUAUGGCAUAGAUAUUGUAUGGGUUUGGGACGGGAUCAGGCUGCAAAGGCCACAGAUAGCGGAGCAGGGUGGUGCGGACUCACAGUUACAAUAUGUAUUCAGUCUGCAAAAGCAAGGAGGCUACAAGAGGGCAGGAAGAGCAUGGGGAGGAUUUGCAGAGAUGGGAUAUGAAACAGACAUGAUAAACAAAGUGCUUGGCGAGAACGGUGUGUUUUCAGUAACUGCACCGUAUUCAGCAAGUGCUCAAUGUGCAUAUUUCAUAAGCACUGGUGCCUGUUCAUAUGCAUUUGGAAAGUCUGAUGUUCUUCUUUUUGAGGAUGUGGAGAAGGUGAUACUGGAUAUGUUUGGGGCGUCUACAAGCGACGGAUACUUCAAUGUGCUUUAUAAAAGCAAGUUUGUUGAGUUUUUUGGGCUUGGGCCAAGGCAAUUUUUGGUUACCGGGCUGCUUCUUGGAUGUGACUUUUGCUCGACGCUUCCGAGCUGUGCAGAAGACUUUUCUGUUGUAAGAGUCGUUAGUGCAGUCAAGGAGUCUGAUGAUCUGAUACAGAUGAUCAAGAGAUCGUGCGAAGAAGGUGUAGGGAAGAAGUAUGCUGAUCAUUUUUUGCAAGGAGUAGCGAUUGUGGUAUACCAUCCUGUUAUGAAGAUCACCGGAGAGGUGCAACCUUAUAGUGAGGACAACGUGCCCAAGGGGCUAGAUAAAAUGUUUGGUGCAAGGCUUGCGCCUAGGAUGUAUGAAGCGAUGUUUGUGAACGAGGUGUCUUGCGAUGCUCUGCAGAUUCUUGGGAUGAAAAAUGACGAUGCGGAUUUGAUGUGCAUGACAGAAGAGAUGAUGACAAGGAUGGGCUCGAUGAAAGAGCCGAAUGGGUUUGCAGGUAUUGUUUGCCCGAAGAUGGUGGUGUGCGGGGAUCUAGAUGAAUAUUCUGGAGUACUGCUGCUAGAAAUGAUACUACUAGGAAGGAUGAGGUCGCCGUAUGUUCCCAAAAUACUUUGCAUGUAUGAUGGAGAGAAGCAUGCUGAUGAUUACAGCAAUCAGAGGAUGGAGAUCAACAGGGCAGAUCUAAGCAGCAGUCUAAUAAUUGACUAUGAAUUGCUGAAGUACCACAUGGAGCUACUGAAGAUAUUUUCGUUGCUUAAGAGUGCAAGGGAGAUGGGUGAAAGGAUGUAUGGGAUGAAGACAGAAGGGCGAAGGCUGAGAAAGCCGGUUCUCUUGAAUGCGCUAUUCUACUGCUCGUUUGGAUUUGAUGGAGGAAUGGGAAAGAGCAACUUUGAGUUUUUGAGGAGGGUAAAAGUGUUUUUAGAGGCAAACAGAGGGGUUGAUGAGAAGGUAUCUGAGGUUCUAGUGGAAGUUGAGGGUGUUCUUAAGCAAUAA